GGGAGGAGCUGUGUGGGAAGAGGGCAGAGAGCAGAUGUGCCGGAGGGGGCGAGCUCACACAUCUUUAGACCCUCUUGCCUCGGACUCCAUUUUCCAGGGGACAAAGUGGGGGCUCUGCAGGUGGAGGACCCUGCCCGACCUCACACAGCGGGCCUCCGACCCUGCGCAUUGCUGACCGCGCACCCCAUCAGCCCUAUGGGCUGCUCCCACAUCCCGUUCCUGCUCCCGGCAAGGUUCCUCCCAGAGCUGACCCUAGGAAGGAUCCUCUGGCUCUCCAGGCCUCAAUUUCCCCUUUGUGUGUGCACUGGGGCAGGAGUUUCCCUUUAGCUGACCAGGAAGGAGAGGGGGACAGAAGGGCGUGCCGGCUCGGCCCUUCCUACCCAGCCCUGCUCCCCAAGGCCCGGCGCAGGAACGCGGCGCUGGCCCUUUAAGCCCCGCCCGGGAGCGCGGGCCGCGCCAUUCCGGGAUCGGGAUCCCAGGCCGGGAGGAUCCGGUCCCCGCGCGUCCCCGCCCGACCUCGGCCCGCGAUCCGAUCCGGAGAAUGAGCCGCAUCUACCUGGACGGCGCGCUUGGGAACAAAGCGGUGCGCAGCGCUCGCCUGCCGGGGGCCUGGGACCCGGCCAUGCACCAGGGGUAGGGGAAAGGGCGUCUUGGUGGAGGGAGAGCUGGUGGAUGUAUCUCGGCACAGCAUCGUGGACGCCCACAGCAGGAAGGAGCGCUACUAUGUCCUGUAUAUCCGGCCUGGCCGCAUCCACCACCGAAGAUUUGACCCCCAGGGGAAAGAAAUCGAGCCCAAUUUCAGCACCACCAGGAAGGUGAACACUGGCUUCCUCAUGUCAUCCUACAAGGUGGAAGCCAAGGGGGACACUGACCUGCUCACACCUGAGGCACUGAAGAGGCUGGUGAAUAAGCCCGAGCUGCUACCGCUGACUGAGAGCCUCACACCCGACCAGACGGUGGCCUUCUGGAUGCCCGAGGCAGAGAUGGAGGCAAUGGAGCUUGAGCUGGGAGCCGGGGUGCGGCUGAAAACACGGGGUGAUGGCCCCUUCCUAGAUUCAUUAGCCAAACUGGAGGCUGGAACCGUGACCAAGUGUAAUUUUGCUGGUGACAGAAAGACAGGGGCAUCCUGGACAGACAACAUCAUGGCCCAAAAGUCUUCACAGGGGGCUGCAGUGGAGAUCCGAGAGCAAGGAGAUGGGGCAGAGGACGAGGAGUGGGAUGACUGACUUCGUGGGCGACUGACUUCGUGGGCCAUGCAUGCCUCUGGGCUGCUGCAUUUUCUAUGGCACCCUUGAGAAUUUCUCCCACAAACUUCUGCCCUGGAGCUGGCCAGCAAGCCUUACCUGGUUCUUCCUACGGCUGUCUCUGAAAAACCUUUUAAAUGAGCUUGGCUGAAAUCAAAUCCAAGACCAUGACACUGGCCAAGGGACCCUGGGCUAUGGCUCGUAGGGCAGGGAAAUCCUCUUUGGAUGCAAGUCUUAGCCUCUUGGAUAUUUCCCCUUGGCAGCAGCCUUGUUUCAGGA